UCUAAUAUUCUACUAAUCUUCCCCUAAUUAAAUGCAUCUUCUAACUCUUCUCUUUCCUUACUCUUUCUUUCUUCUUUUUUCAAGAUUUGAGUGAUAAUUAACAGUCUGGAUUGAUGAAGUUUGGUAAGCGAUUACAGCAGCAAAUUCAAGAAUCAUUGCCGGAUUGGCGCGAUAAGUUUCUGUCUUACAAGAAUUUGAAGAAGCUUCUUAAAUUGAUAGCUUCGACUCCGCCAUUGUUGAAUGGAUCGCUGGAAUAUUUGAAGGUAGAGGCUGAGUUUGUGUAUUUGUUAAACAAUGAGAUCGAGAAGUUGAAUGCGUUUUUCGUGGAGCAAGAAGAGGAUUUCAUUAUCAGGCAUAAGGAAUUGCAACACAGGAUUCAGAGUGUGAUUGAUGCUUGGGGGCCUAACGGAACUCAUCCUUCAGAGACUGAUUAUAAAGAGGAGAUGGGGAAAACUAGGAAAGAAAUUGUGAAUUUUCAUGGGGAAAUGGUGCUCUUAGUCAAUUACAGCAAUAUCAAUUACACAGGAUUGGCUAAGAUCUUGAAGAAAUAUGAAAAGCGAACAGGUGGAUUAUUACGCUUGCCAUUCAUUCAGAAAGUGUUGAAGCAACCUUUUUUUACAACUGAUCUAGUUUCGAAACUCAUAAAGGAAUGUGAAAACACGAUAGAUGCAGUGUUCCCAGUUGAAGAAGAAGAAGGGAAAAAGGAAGGAAGAGAAGCAAUCAGAGUGACAGGAGAAGGUAUAUUUAGGAAUACUGUUGCAGCAUUACUGAACAUGCAAGAGAUGAGAAGUGGAAGCUCUACUUACAGUCAUUACUCUCUGCCUCCUCUAAGCUUGCCAGACGCUGAUAUUAUUCAGUCAUUUCAACUGAACUCACCCAUACCCAUUCUCUAAUAAAAUUCAAAAUUAUAUAUC